AAAAAAAUUACAAAAAUAGUAUAAAAUACUCCAAAAGGGGGCUAGAAAUUUUUACUUGGUUCCAAACAUUUUAUUUGUUCAAAAGUUAAGAACAAGAAAUUCAUAGCCGUCGGACCAUUGCGUGUUUAGAAGAUGGAAGCGGCGGCGCACUGUGUGGGACUUGUUCCUUGUCUGACCAAAAAAGCUCCCUUUUCCCUUCCCCGUGGAUGCGCAAAAGAUGCCUUAAACCCUAGUUCCGCUUUCAUUCGGUUUGAUUUCCGCGCUGCGAAAAGAAUCCUUCCAGCUCCUGUGGCUAUAUCCGUGUUGGAUGAGGGGAAGACGUCUGGUUUGACAAGUUUUCGUUGGACUUCUGCUUUGCCAUUGAAUAAGGCUGUUACUAGUUGUUUUGCUCAGGGAAUGGAUGAGGAUAUUAUUACUGAUUCAGACCUUGAUAGCGGUUCUGGAGGAGACUCUACUAAAAAGCAGCCAGAUUUACCAACAAAAUGUGCCGAGUACCAUAUUGAGACAUUACGGCGCAUUUUGGAUAUGAAGGAUGCCGUCGAAAAACUAGAGUUGGCUCGGUCAGAAGCAAAGAAAUCAGGAGAGAGACUCAAGGAGGAGGAAGUCGCUUUGGAAGAAGCUGAGAAGCAGUCCGAGGCUGCUCAGGCUGCUCUCAAGGAGCCCGAGGUUGCCGGAUCCUGGAUUUUGAACUUGUUAGCCACCAAAGGGCAGGAUCUACCCAAUGAUUUCUGUAGCAUCGCUUCCAAAGCGGCUUGUGAUCAACUGGAGUUAGCUCGGUCUAAUGCGAAUAACGCAACCCUAAGACUUCAGGCAGCUAAAGCUUCAUUGAAGAUAGCUGAGGAGAAUGCCAAGGCUGCUCAAGGUGCUGUAGACAAGUUCGAGGAAGAAUCAUCCCGGGCGAUCAAGUCCGUGAUUGAAAGCAUUGAUGCUGGAUUGGACAUCUUUUUCUGAGAGAAUCAAACCUAAGGCUUCCAGCCAGGUAGAGGAUGUCUAUCUCCAUUUUCUUUCCCCAAACCAUUUUUCCAACAUCUGGUGCCAACCAGUGGAGAUGUAAAAAGGAUAUGGCCAGCUGUAGUUUGUUAUACUCUUUUUUGCAAAUUAGUUAGAUGUUGAAAUAUGUGGAGAU